CAACACUCAGUUGUGUACAGUUCUGUUCAUACUUCGUCGAGUUAAGGUACCUAACCGUAGUGUUCUCUGUACAAAAUGACUCAACUUAUUAGACUGCUAAUACCCAUUGCAUUCCUGGCAUCAAUUGGUCUGGUUUGUUACGCUCAACCGGCGCCCAAGGCAACCCUCCCCAGACCUAACGAGUGUGGAAAUGGUCAGUCUGACCGGUUGAUUAAUACAGCGCGUCCUUUCCUGGGAGAGUACCCCUGGACUGCGCUAAUCCAGUACCGCAAGCCCGAUGGAAAGCUGGAGUUCAGAUGUGGCGGUUCGUUGAUCAACGCGCGUUACAUUCUGACGGCCGCUCACUGCAUCAGUGGAAUCCCGAAGAACUGGAAGAUAGUCGGAGUCCGUCUUGGGGAGCAUGACCUGAGCAACGCUGGUUCGGACUGUGUUGGCGAGCUGUGCGCUGAUCCCCAUGUUGACAUGUCGAUUGACAAGCUGAUUGUUCAUGAAGACCACAACAACCUGCCACACAGUCAAUGGGACGAUAUUGCACUGAUUCGGUUCGAUCGGGAUGUGACCUUCUCGGACUAUAUCAGACCGAUUUGUCUGCCGCUUAGUGAUGAAUUACGCACUAGUAACACCACUGGAUUAUGGGUUAAAGAAGUUGGAUGGUCCAGAACAGUUGUCAGUUUAGGUAGAAUAAGUGACACGAAGUUGAGAUCCGAGCUGGAGAUUCUGAACCGUUCCGAGUGUGAUACGGCUUAUCAGCAGGAGGAAAUUAUCCUGCGGGAUACUCAGCUGUGCGUGAGCAGACCGAAACGUGGAGAAGUAUGCCACGCGAUUGCCGGAAGUUCGCUGAUGCAGCAAGUUGGUGACAGCCUCUAUCUGAUUGGGAUCACUAGCUAUGGACCAAAGGGAUGUGGAAAUAAGAACAUUCCGGAUGUGUACACCAAUGUGGCGAGUUAUGUUGAUUGGAUUGAGAGCAAGAUGGAGUAUGACCAGGGAACGGGACGAGCCGGCACCGGAACCGGCGGAAGUUAUUCGUAUCCGUUCCAGAAUAUGCUCUCGAAGCCGGUCGCGUACAGGACCAGUAGCUAUCAGGACUAUAGCUACAAGUCGCCCAAGUACAUUGUGUAUCCCAGCAAUAGCCAGUCAGUGGACGCAAACGGGCAAGGGUCGACAAAGAAUGAUGUCGCCAUGGACCGGUUUGCCCCUGGAGAAGCAUACGGAGGAACCAUCUACAAAAUAAUGAAAGCAAAACAAAAGGGAUACCAAUAUCUGAAGCCGAAAGACUCGGCCUUGGAUGAUUCCAGUACCGCAAGCCCACCAUCUGGACCGGCAGCCCCACCAGCCACCACCGUCCAAGCUCUUCCUCCACCAAUCACACCACCACCACUUCCUCCGGUUAUCGUUGCUCCAACCCCAGUUCCUGCCACAAACGCACCCAGCUACAUUCCACCUGCCCCGUCCGAUCUGAACAAAUUCCCACCGAACAGUGACUCCAACUGGCCCACCUCGAUGGACAGCCCGAGCUACAACAGCCCAAUAACCAGCUAUCUUGGUCCGGAUCCUUCAAAGCCACCGAAAGCUUCCUACUUUGCCCCACCAAACUACCUGCCACCUCCAUCAGACGGUCAGUUCCGGUUCAGUGGCGAUUCUAGCUAUCUACCACCACCAGCCGGUCCCGCCGAUUCCCCCGACUCUGGCCCACCAUCGGAUUCCGACGACAUGGUCGGUACGAUCUCCGUCGGUCCCAAUCAUCCCCAGUAUCUGCCUCCUCAAGCGCCUCCCCAGCAGCAGUACCUGCCACCGGAUAACCCUCCUCCGAUGAUGAUGCCACAGCCGAUGCCUCCAAUGGGGAUGCCAAUGAUGGACAUGCCCAAGGAGAUGGGCGGAUGGAUGGGAGGCCCUCCGGAGCACUCCUUCCCCGACUUUAGCCAGUUCGAGCAUGACCAUGACCAUUACUACCCUCACGAUCACUACCCGGAGUACGUGUUCGAUCCGCACCACGAUGAAACGACCACGACGACCGCGGCUCCGCCACCACCCCCAGAGCCGGGAACCGCCCGUGUCAAGAACUACAGCUACUACUACAUCAGUCGAACGCUGUGGUACGUGCCACUGUACUUCACGCUGUACUUCUGCUUCUACGUGCUGGUUCUGAUCCUGCGAUCGAUUGCGCGACACAAGGUCAACAUCCCCAACCAAUGGGUUGGCAGGAGCUCACUGGAGGCGAUGCCGACGCUCACGAACGCCCAGAUCGCCGAGAAGACGGACAUGUUGACCCACUUUGUGCUCAAGCAGAUCGAUGACUUCAAGGGGAAAUACAUCGGAUAGGUUAGGUUGUAGGAUUGUUGGGGCGACUUCGAUUGGUCACUAGACAUUGCCUCGCACUGCGCACGACGCGUUGCGUGUGUUUCAACUGUCGACAGCAGGAUCUUUAGUAGAGUCUGC